UAAUAAAAAUAUAUAUCCUCCUUUCCUCCCUUCGUCACCUCCCCCCAUACUUCCGGAUAGGAGACGAAGUGCCAGUGUGAAAAGGUAGAAACAUUUUAGAACACUGGGACGCACCCCAUGACUUGAUCUACUCUACUCUACUCUUACAAGUGAACACUGAUGAGAUGCUGCCCGGUGUGUUACGGCGAAUACUUCAUGGCUCUGUGGAUUGCUGUUUUUAUAGGCUACAUACUAAAGAAGUAACCGAUUUAAUGUAAUGUAAAGCAUCUGAAAGACUUCUGCAGAUUAUAAUCUGAUUUAUUAUAAAGGGGCCACAUUUUGCACACACCCUAACCCAGACAGCAUCAUGUCCCAGGGCCAGAGCUUUCUGCCCAAGUUCCUGUUUCUGAGCAACCUGUUGAAAGCGGUGAGGAUAAGAGAGCGCAUUCCAAAUGAUGUGGUCAAGCCCUCGAUCAGUGGUGUUGUCCAUCACCUGCGCAGCAUGCACAGACACACGCUGGAGAUGAUCCAGAUCAACCACUUCCCGCAGGGCUUCCGUGAGGUUGUCCAGACAGCCAUCCUGGACCGUGCCAUGCAGGGCUUCCUAGAGCAGGAAAAGAGGCUCAACUGGUGCCGGGAGGUCAAGAAGCUAGUACCACUGUGCACGAAAGGUGAUGGAAACUGCCUGCUCCAUGCCACCUCCCAGUACAUGUUGGGGGUUGAGGACACUGAUCUGGUUCUGCGCAAGGCUCUGUACAGUGUGUUGACGGAGACGGACACCCACAAGUUCCGUAUGCGAUUUCAGGCAGAGCUGUCGCAAUCGCAAGAGUUCAUGCAAACAGGGCUGCGCUACAACACACGAAACUGGCAGGAGGAGUGGGAGAAGAUCGUAGAGAUGGCCUCUCUUGAAUCCAACUGCGGUGGCCUCCAGUAUGACUCAUUGGAGGAUAUUCACAUCUUUAUCCUGUCCAACAUCCUCCGCAGGCCUAUUGUUGUCAUUGCAGAUCAGGUGCUGAGGAGCAUGAAAUCAGGCUCCUCCUUUUCCCCUCUUAAUGUGGGUGGUGUUUAUCUGCCACUGCACUGGGCCCCGAGAGACUGCUACAGGUAUCCUAUAGUGCUCGGUUACAACUCCCAGCACUUUGCACCCCUCAUCGCCAUCAAAGACAGUGGCCCAGAAAUCCGAGCUGUACCACUGGCCUACCCUGGAAAAGGAGUCUUUGAGGACCUCCAAGUUCACUUCCUGAUGGAGAAGGAACAGCAGCAGAAGGCCAAGCUGCUAAAGGACUACCUGACAGUGAUUGAAAUUCCUGUGAAUGCUCUCAGCAAUGAUGCACCACACAUUAUCAAUGCAGCAAGACUGGAUGAAGGGAACCUUCCAGAAGACAUGAAUUUAAUGGAAGACUACCUGCAGCUGGUCAACCAUGAGUUCAAGCUCUGGCAGAAAGAGAAGGAGCCGGCCUCAGAGGUCUUGCACCAGGACCCCCUUUGCUUCUCCCAGCUGUCCCUUAUGGAGGUUCGCUGUGCCACCCACAAGUGCCCCUUCUAUGCAUCGGUGGACACCCAGCCGUACUGCCAUGAGUGCUGCGAGAGGCAUCGGGAAAGAGGGAGGCCUGUGGUUGAGCCCUCAGGGGACCAGGCAAGGCCUGGUGCUGAGCCAAGGGGAGGUAUUGGCUCAGUUGACCAAGUACCUCUGCCCACUUCCCCCAGCUUUGGCCUCUACAGUGAGACCAACGCCAUGAAGUGCAAGAUGCCUGAUUGCCUCUUUACGCUCAACAUAGAACACGGUGGACUCUGUGAGCGCUGCUUCCAUGCUCGGCAAACCAGCCGACACAGGGAAUGGAGUAAUACAGGGGAAAGGAGCAGUGCCUUGCGGGAGGCAGGGAGGUGUGACCAGAGGACUGUCAACAUAGGUGGAGAACAACAGCAGCAGUCGUCUUGGGGCCUUAUUUCCAGGACACAGUUAAAUUCAAGCAGCCCUGGAGCCAGCCCGGAACCUGGACCAUACAGGCACUUGCAGUUAGGCAGGCUUUGCAAGAGGACAGGCUGCCAAUAUUUUGGAACAGUGGAAAAAGAAGGCUUUUGCACUGUGUGUUUUACGAACUAUAAAACCAAUCGCAGGGCGGUGGUUGUCCGAAGAGGGUCUCCCCCGGCAGGGUCAGGGUUCCUGGGCUCCUCGCACAGCACGAGAGCCGCUCAACAGGGACAGACACCGAAUGGGCCGCAGUACAGCCGAAGCAAUGCCUCCACCGGCUGGACAGGGCUUUAUUCCGAGUGCCACACUCAGAUCCCGGAGGAGACACCUAAGCUUCGCUGCAAAGCCCCAGACUGUGACCACUAUGCAAACAAGGAGAAGCAAGGCUACUGUAAUUCGUGUGACCACUUCAAGCAAAGAUAUAGUUAACAAGGGAGGCAAGUUCGGUUGGCCCACACAGUACCUAUCAUUCACUAUGAAUUUCAUACCGGCACACUUCUAACAUCAGUGUUUAAAUGGUCAACCUGAAAAUAACCAUAGAGAAGAAUUUGGUGUUUUAGUUUGUUUGUUAGAACGGAUUAGAGCAACUACCACAGUUAUUAAUCUCUUAAAAUGUUACAUUGGCAUUACAGGUGCAACUCAACUCAGAAACACUUUUCUGUUUUGUCUUUUGUCAUAAUGGGUCAAAUGUCAUUUUCUUCUGUUCCUUCCUGUCUUUUGAUAUUUUUGCGAAGUUUUAGAAUCUAUCAGUUACCAGUUUUCUGAAGUGUGAAUUAGCCUUAGCCUUGUGAUGCACAGUGUGGAUUUAUUUAAAGAUGCAUUUCAGCCAGGUGUUGAUUCACAACAAGACUAAUGAGUUAACCAGUAUCCUAUCCAACCAUUAUUUAACCAGUGCAUCCCCAGUUGACACAAGUGCAAUAGAUGUUUAUGGCUUUAAUCUCCUUUGGUUCUGCUGGCAACAAGCUGAAGGAUUAACCUUUGUGUUCUUUUUUGGUGUUCAGCACUUUGAACUGGAAGUGGUCCAUCAACUGCUCUACUUGAAAUUAAAGAAAAUGUUUCGAUCUUACAAUAAAAACAAACCCAGUACACAUGUUGUUCCUCAGUAACAAACCAAGGGAAUUUCUCCGUAGAGCUUUGUAGUCAUGGCUACUUAACUUGGGAAUAUGUUUUUUAAAAGCUACCACUGAGCAAAGUUUUUAUGCACGCAUUUCAUCAGAAUGACAUCUUCAUCUUAAGUGAACUCAACAGAGGGGGAAUUCCCUUUCUCAAGAAGGAAACAGAAAAAAAAAAAACAGAAAAAGAAAGAACCCUGUCGUUGAAAUGUUUGUAGGCACCCGAGAGCCAAGUGCUAUGGUGGUACAUGCAUAAUUGAAACAGCCAGCCCCUUGUGUACAGUUCUGCAAAAACUUUUAGUGCCACUUCCUCAAAAGGUCGAGCCACAAAUCUAAUUUUGUGUGUUACCUUAGCUUAUCAAUUUGUCAAUUUCAUUGACUACACUGAAAGGACCUCACUUUAUUUAUUACCUGUGCACGCAGUGCAUAUGCACAACUGACAUGUUUGCAUUAAGAUGUACACCUCUUGUAAUGACAUUGAAGAUAAUCUGACAUUAUUAUAACUUGUAGAAACUGAAAAAUGUAACCAUGUAUAACUGUGAUGAAUGUUGAUGUCAAUACUGGAAAAUGAAAUGAAUGGAAAUGUGAUAUAAGUUUUUUAUAUAAUAAUGAAGUGAAUACAAAUCAGCAAGUGUUUAACAGCCCAUGCCUAUGAACUAUGCAUAAUUACACCACAGUUUCAUGAGUUUGUUCUGCAGUAAGGCAUGGCUUUUCAUCCUAAUUUAGCUGGGAUAUACCCAGGUUAGACAAGGUCAGGCAAGAUUUAAAAGCUUGACAGCAAGAUAAGUUUAUCUUUGAAUUAAUAAUAAUUUAAUUAAUUUCUAAAAUGGUUUAUAAAUAGAUAUUUUGUGAUGUGUUGAAGUGUUUAGAAAGCUGAUUGUUAAAUAUGUAUUCAACUGAAAAAUAUAAGUAAUAUAAUCUAUACAUUUCUGUU